CCUCUGCCCCCGCCCAGCUCGUUCCGUUUUUUGAAAGCAAGAAACGGCACCGCGCACAUCUCGCCGUCCCUCGUCCGUCGUCGGAGGAAGAGGGGAAGGGGGCGAUGGAGCGGCGGCGGGCUGCGUGGGCCGCGGUGCUGGUGGCGGUGGCGGCGUGCGCGGCGCUGCCGGCGACGACGACGGCGAACAAGAUCAAGGUCAACUGGCUGCCCAACACCAACUACUCCGGCUGGGAGCAGGAGCACGGGCCCUUCUACAAGGGCGACUGGCUCGUGUUCUACUACACGGCGGGGCAGGCGGACGUGGUGGAGGUGAACGAGUCCGGGUACAACCGGUGCGACGCCAGCAACGCCAUCUACAACUACAGCAAGGGCCGCAGCUUCGCCUUCGAGCUCAACGAGACCAAGACCUACUACUUCAUCUGCAGCUUCGGCUACUGCCCCGGCGGGAUGCGCCUCGCCAUCAAGUCCCAGAACCUGCCGCCGCCGUCCCCGCCGCCCUCCGCCCAGCACCACCGCUCCGCCGCGCUCGCCGGGCCGCGCGCCGGGGUCGCCCUCCACGCCGCCGUCGCCGUCCUCGCCUCGCUCCUCAGGCUGGUCUAGCGGACCUGAUCUGGAGCUCGUUUGUUUGGAUUUCCCCGUGCCUUCAUUUCUUUGGUGUGUGUGGGCGCGCGCGUGUACUGCCUAGGCUAGGAGAGUGGUGGUGCCACGGACGUUCUUGGUUGACUAGCGGUGUGGAUUUGCGGAGCCAAAUGGUUGCCGGCGGAUUGGUUUAAUCAGGUGUGAUUUGUUUAAUCAGGUGUGAGGAAUGCACUGGACUGAGGAGAAACUGUUUCUAUGCUACUGAUUUGUUUAA